CAACUCAUCUCUGUAAUAUAUAUACAUAUAUAUAAACUCUUACCUUCUGAAGUAACGAACUUGAUAAACUACAAAACCUCUCUUCUUCAUUUUCAUCGCACCAAAUGGACUGGACUAGACGCCACGCCAUAGGCCAUGGCUCUACAGCCACCGUCUCCCUCGCUACUUCCAUCCCCUCUGGUGACGUUUUCGCUGUCAAGUCGACCCACCUUUCUAAAUCUGAAUUCUUGCAAAGGGAGCAAAAAAUUCUUUCUUCUUUAAAUUCUCCCCAUAUAGUAAGCUGCAAGGGCUGUGAUAUUACCAGUGAAAACUGCCAGUUGUUUUACAAUCUUUUUAUGGAGUAUGCACCCGGCGGCUCGCUUGCCGACAUGAUUCACCGACACGGUGGCAGGCUAGACGAGUCGAUGAUCGCGUCCUACACGCGUCAAAUAUUACAAGGUCUAGAGUAUCUACAUUCAAGUGGAUUGGUACAUUGUGACAUCAAGGGAAGAAAUAUUUUGAUUGGCGAAGAUGGCGCCAAAGUUGCAGAUUUCGGAUGUGCCAAGUGGGAGGCAGAGGAGAGGCAGAGUGGUGGCACACCGAUGUUUAUGGCACCAGAAGUGGCGCGUGGGGAACACCAGGGGGUUUCUAGUGAUAUAUGGGCACUUGGGUGCACUGUUAUUGAAAUGGCUAGUGGUGGUGUUCCCUGGCCGGACGCCACUGACCCAGUUUCAGUUCUUUACAGGAUUGCUUAUUCUUGUGAAUUGCCAGAGUUUCCAGGUUUUCUAUCAAACCAAGCAAAGGAUUUCUUGUCAAAGUGUUUAAGAAGAGAUCCAAAAGAGAGAUGGACAGCUACUCAACUUCUUAAGCAUCCAUUUCUUCGAGAAUUCAGUUCUUCUACAAAGCAAAUUCAAGCAUCGAAUUCAAUUUCAAAUUCUCCCACGAGUAUUCUUGAUCAAGAUAUCUGGAACUCAGUGGAAGAAAGUUUGGGAAAUUUGAUCCAUGCAAGUCCCCAGAGCUCCGUUAGUGAGAGAAUCAGACGGCUGACGUAUUCGGAUGGGCCAAGGUGGAACUGGGAUGAGAGGUGGAUGACAAUUAGAGGAAACAACGAGGAAAACAAUGCAAUUAUGAAUGACAUUGAAGGCAAAGAUGAUAUGAUUUGUGGGUCAGUGUUGGAUUCUUUUUGUGGUAGCUUAGAGGAGAAAGAAAGCUAUGUUAAUGGUGGAAAGCUGUUGGAUUUCUUAAACGACACUAUUAGUUAUAGGAAGAUUAGUCGUUUUUGUACAUAUAAAAAUGACUGUGUUGUAAUUAGUAGUAACCUCAAUUUUCAGAGGGACACAGAUAGCUUGUUAAUUCCUUCAAUCAAAGGUUCUCUCUCUUUAUUAUCAUAAA